AAACUGGCAAUGAUUAGCUGAACAAGGGAAGCAGACGUAAAGGAUGUAUGGCCUUCAUAACAUCCUGCCAGUCGAUUGAUAACAUGUGAAAUUAUUGCGGGGGUAUUGUGUCGCAUAAUAAAUAUUACAAUGACUGAAUCGAAUAAAGAACGCAGUCAUGCAGUGUAUAUUAGCCUUUUUGCUCACUUGAUACACUAGUCAGUAGAUUCCCAAGUCACAAAGCAUCAGCAUCCGUUAUUUAACGCCGAGAGGAAAUCGUAUAUAGCCGUGCAUGGAUAGGAGAGCGUGUGGUCCAUUCCCCCCAUCGCGCCACGUGAACAGCAGUUUUCUCAGUAUCGAAUGCGAGACGAGACGAGAUACGCGAACCUUAGUUAUAUGAAGGCUGGCUAAACGCUGUAACCAGAGAACUAUCCAGUUCUAAGAUUACUUGGGUUAAAAAACCACAGCUGAAAGCCUCCAUUUGUGAUUCGUUUCUUUUGCUUUGUGUGUUCGUCGUCUCAGGAGGUUGGCCCUAUUAUCGUCUUCCAACUUCACAAAGUGCAGUGCCUUCUUUUACCACUUUUCGUUCAGAAAACGAGAUACCAUUUGGAAAAUUCCUUUUACAUACCUCGAUAUUCAUGGCUGACAACAUAACUGCAUCAAAUUGCAUGCUGUAUUCGUCCUAGGAUCGGGCGCUUGGCACACGUUACGCACAUUUUAAUAGACACAAGUGGAGGCCAGUAAACCCUUCGUGAAAGUAUCGACUCAAAAGCAGUGGCAAUACAAAAGGAUCAUUUGAUUUGCAUAGUUCUCGAAGUCAAACACGCCAUGACGAGCUAUCAAGUUGUUCCAACCGUUCAACCUGUUUCAGCUGGACCUAGCAAAACAGACGUGUCAGAAGAGACCCAGAAAUUAAAUGGCGAUGGCGCACGCGAAGACCUUUUUUUAUCCCCACUGCCGCCGCAAACGAAAGUGUACCGACGCCGAUGGCUAAUGCUUGUCAUAUUCAUACUGGUUUCCAUGUCAAGUGCCUUCCAGUGGAUCCAGUUCUCCAUCAUCACCAAUUUGAUUAUGAAAUAUUACAACGUUGAUUCAACUACCGUUGAUUGGACUUCCCUUGUUUAUAUGGUCACUUACAUUCCGCUCAUUUUUCCUGGAGCCUGGAUUAUGGACAAAGUGGGAUUGCGCGUGACGCUUCUAAUGGGAGCUUUUGGAACGGCUUUGGGAUCGUGGAUCAAAGUAUUAGGUGCGGCUCCCGACCUUUUCUACGUGGCUCUCAUUGGCCAAACAAUUACAGCCAUGUCUCAGGUUUUUAUUCUAGGUGUCCCACCAAAUGUCGCAGCCGUCUGGUUCGGAGCCGAACAAGUUUCUUCGGCUUGCUCUAUCGGCGUCUUUGGGAAUCAGCUAGGUGUCGCUUUAGGAUUUUUCUUGCCACCAAUGAUGGUACAAGAUCACGAAAAUGCCGAAGACAUCGGUGCUGAUUUGAAACGCAUGUUUUACAUUGUGGCAGGCAUCUGCACAGCCUUUUUUCUGCUUGUGCUCGCCGCUUUUCAAGCCAAACCGCCUCUUCCACCGAACGCCGCACGCGCUGCACCUCAAUCCGCCGAGCCAGUGACGUAUUACCAGUCAAUCAAAACGAUCGUAACCAAUCGCAAUUACAUCUUACUCUUGAUUACGUACGGCAUCAACGCUGGUGUUUUUUACGCCAUGUCUACCUUACUGAACCAGACUGUGCUCAAACAUUUCCCGGGCGAAGAAGAAAACGCUGGUCGAAUUGGCCUGACAAUCGUCGUGUGCGGCAUGUUUGGUUCAGUGGUAUGUGGUAUUAUUUUGGAUAAGACGCACAAAUUCAGGGAAACUACCCUCGUGGUGUACGGAUUAGCAGUGGCCGGAAUAGUUGCCUAUACCUUUACCUUCGAGCUUCAGUACAUUGUCGUAACGUUCGUCACAGCUGGAGCCGUUGGGUUCUUUAUGACAGGAUAUCUUCCUGUCGGAUUCGAAUUUGCAGCUGAAUUAACAUACCCCGAACCAGAAGUGACUUCAUCCGGUUUGCUCAACGCGUCCGCACAAGUGUUCGGCAUUGUCUUCACAAUCAUGGGUGGUUGGCUUUUAAACAGCUACGGCGAUCUUGUUUGCAACGGGAUAUUAUCAGCAGCGUUGUUCAUUGGGGCCGUUUUGUCGUUCUUUAUUCGUUCGGAUCUCAGACGCCAACGAGCAAACCAAAUGGAAGCCUUACGAUUAAACGGGCCAGCUUAAAAGAGCCAAUUUAAGCCGCACAAGUUGUUGGGUUUUAUUGUUAACACGUUCAUUUGCUUAGCGUGUGUAGUUAGGUAUUAAUUUUUUACGUGUAACGCGUGUUCAUUUUCAAAAUGUGAUGCUUUUACUUCAGUGUGACUGGCUGCUGAGGCGAAAGGUGAUUGCCUCUUAUGCCUUUAUCGUUCGAUGCUAAUGUGUUUGGCAGUGUUGUAGUGCUGUCGUAGAAAUGCAGAAAGGACUGUCUUCCGUACAAAACAGGGAAUGCAAAGUUCAUACAUAUUUAGCUUUAUUAUAUAUAUAUAGUAUUACGUCAUUUCGGGAACCUCCGAAACCUUUUUUUAAUAUUACAACCCAUUAAAAUGACCAAAUUAGGAUCAAACUUUUGCAGUAUACAAUUGAUUCAAAUGUUAUGAACCUGUUAGAAGCUAAAACAACAAUCUGCUUUAACACUGUAAGCCUGCCCAUUGUAAAACUUUGCUUAAUGAAAUAAAACAAAUACAUCAAAAUUUGAAACUGGAA